UUAUCACACAUUCUAACAAGAAAAAAUCCCACUCAUCUCAUCGUCAUCAUCAGAAAUCAGACGACACCCCGUGGCUCAAAGCCACUUCCCUUCUUAUCCGCUCCAAUCCCCGCUAAUGGAGAGGAUGUUACUGAUCGUUUUUGCAAUAAUAAUCUCACCUUUCAUUUCCACAUCUGCCGCCGGAGAAUUCAAUUUCGAAGCCAAUCUCCAUCGCCGAUCACCGGACGAGACUCUGUGUAAUCAGCUCAUUAAACCAGCCGGUUAUUCUUGCACCGAACACACUGUACAAACUAAAGAUGGUUACUUGGUAGCUCUUCAACGCUUGUCUUCACGUAACAAGGAUCUAGGAGGGCAGAGGGGUCCUCCUGUCUUGCUUCAACAUGGACUCUUUAUGGCAGGUGAUGCAUGGUUUUUAGGUUCACCAGAGCAGUCACUGGGCUUCAUCCUUGCAGAUGAGGGUUUUGAUGUAUGGGUUGGCAAUGUGCGUGGUACAUUUUGGAGUCAUGGACACAUAUCCUUAUCUGAGAAAGACAAGGAAUUUUGGGACUGGAGUUGGGAGGAGUUGGCUCUAUUUGAUCUUGCUGAAAUGAUACACCAUGUACAUUCAGUAACAAGCUCUAAGGUUUUCAUCGUUGGACAUUCACAGGGGACCAUCAUGUCUUUAGCUGCUCUCAUUCAGCCAAAUGUCGUGGAAAUGGUCGAAGCUGCUGCUCUACUGUGUCCAAUAUCAUACUUGGACCAUCUAACUGCUCCUCUUGUUCUCAGAAUGGUUGCCUUGCAUCUUGAUCAGAUGGUCCUUGCCAUGGGCAUUCAUCAAUUGAAUUUUAGAAGUAAAAUCUUAAUUGACCUUUUGGAUUCCAUAUGCGAUGGUCAUAUAGAAUGCGCUGACUUGCUAACUUCCAUAACAGGGAAGAAUUGUUGCUUUAAUAGCUCAAGUGUGGACUUCUUUUUUGAAUUUGAACCUCACCCAUCAUCAGCUAAAAACUUGCGCCAUCUCUUUCAGAUGAUUCGGAAGGGAACUUUCUCUCACUAUGACUACGGGAUGUUUAAAAAUUUGGAGCUAUAUGGUCAGUUAAAUCCCCCAGCAUUUGAUCUCGGUCUCAUACCCAAGACAUUGCCAUUAUGGAUGGGCUAUGGAGGCCAUGAUUCUUUAGCAGAUGUGACAGAUGCGGAGCGCACUCUGAAGGAGUUACAGGGCAAACCAGAAUUGCUUUAUCUUGAGAACUAUGGUCACUUGGACUUCCUUUUGAGCACACAAGGAAAGGAAGAUGUUUACAACAAUAUGAUCGCAUUUUUCAGGUCGUUGGGGAAGUCCAGUAGUUCUUAAGUUGACCACUUGCAAUAUCUGACAAUUACAUUUAUCAAUUAAGGCUGAAUUAAACUUUUUAUUUGUGUUCAUAUAUUGUAAAAGGUCACACAUUAUUGUUUUCUUGUAAAUGUGAUUGCCAAUAGAGAAUAUGAGAGAAAAUUGGUGUAA